ACACACACACACACACACACACACACACACACAGAGAUCCUGAAGCAGACACAGAACAGAGGAGGAUCAGGGUGUAACAUCACAAUGCCAGCUCCAUGUAGUAUGCGCCUGGCAGGGCAGCAGAGAAACUGGAGGCAGACUGGCAGGGCUUCGUUCCCGAGGCUCUCCAUCCUUCCAGAAGGAGACAAGAUGAAAGGAUCCGACCUCCGUGUGAAGUCCAACCCGGAGCAGAAGAGAGCGUCCGCUUCUCCGUCAGCACACGUCAGUAACCAGAGAAGAAACGGAACCUCUGCUGCAGAGUCCCACAUGCUGAAGGUAGACGAGAGACUGCGACUGGCUCGAGAACGAAGGGAGGAGCAUCUCAAACAGCUCGCAUCACGGGAGCGUGGCUGGCUGGCCCGAGAGGAGAGAGCACGGAGGUUCUUCGAGAAACACCUGGAGGAACGUCGUAAAAAACUGGAGGAGCAGAGGCAGAGGGAGGAAAAGAGGAGGAACGCUGUGGAGGAAAAACGCAAACAGAGGCUCAAAGAAGAUAGAGAGCACUAUGAGUCUGUGGUGCAUAAGACCAUGGAGAGGAGCCAGAAAGCCAAACAGAGAAGUACACAGAGGAGAGUGAACAAUACUAAGAACAACACAAAUGCUAAACGCCGCUCUCUUAGUCAGUGGGAGAUAAACCUGGUUAAUCGCCUUCAGACCCCUACCAUCUCUUAUCUAGCCAGGAGCAGGAGUGCUACAUGCCUGUCCAGAGGAGAAGUUGUUCAUAUUUGUCGACGUGCAGUUUCAUGCCACACUAUGAGCAAUAGCAGUCCUCAGAAAUCUGCCGGAGCAUCAAAACACGGGAAGGCCAUCAGGCUCGGGAUGAAGGAGGGCAGCUACCAAACCAGCGCAAAGAAACCGAGUUCAAAUCUUGAGAGACGUGAACGGAAAAAUCCCCAAUCUCACAUUGUGAGUGUUAAAGUCAGCUCCACGUCAGAAACAGAGGGCAAAACAUUAUCCUCGUUAAAAGGAUUGAGAUUGACUCUGAGAGAGUCUCCCAGUCAGGAGUGUUUACCCCCGCUGCAUGAGGAGGAAGAUCCAGAGCCAGCGAGUGCGCUGAACUCCCAUGAGCCUCAGCGUGACAAGUCUGCUGCCGUGCGCUCGCACGAGGACGUUGGGUGUGAUGGAUCUGUGCGGGAGAACCCGGGUUCUAACAGACCUCAGGCUGCUCCUGCAUGUUCUCACAUCACUAACGAGCAAAAUGUCAGAACCCAGAGCAGACCUUCUGCAGGAACCACAGACCCUGAAGAGGCUUCACGUCUGCUGACAGAAAAGAGACGACAAGCUCGAUUGCAAAGAGAGAGAGAGGAAGAAGAACGCAGACAGAGGGAGGAAACAGAGCGGAGACAGAGAGAAGAAUUGGCCCUUCGGAAAACUGAGGAAAGAAUGAGGCAUGAAGCAGAGGCCCGGUGUGAGGAGAAAAGGAUGAAUGAGGAAGAGGAACGAAGAAAGGCAGAAGAGGAGAAGUCACAGAGGCAGAGAGAGGAGGAGAGGAAACUUCAGCAGCAGAAAAAAGAAGAGGAGGAGAGACAGAGAGAGACACGAUUCCAGAGAGAGGAAAGCGAGCGUCAGGAGAGGAAGAAGCGAUUAGAAGAAAUUAUGAAAAGAACGAGGAAGUCAGAUGCUGAGAAGAACCCUGCGUUGUCGCCCACACCUCUGAACGAGAACGUGAAGCCCAUCCAAAGCCUCCCCUUAGAGGAAGUGAUCAAACUUCCCAAUCCAGGCAAGAGCUCGAUGAUGAGCUUAGCCAAAGAGGAGGACAUUCUUCCCACAGUGGCCUUCAAGGAACGCAGGUCCAUCCGCACUCUCACGGGUCUGGAGGAGAUCCAGGCCCAUCAAAGAGCUGAAGUCAUCUAAAGAUAAAGAAGCACUCCAUGGAACCUACAACCCAGUGUUCCUGUACUUUAUGUAUGAAAACAAGCAGAAUCGCUUCACCUGCACUUUAACCUUCAACACCUUUGAAUCAGAAGUGUUUGACUCCCUGCUGCUCUUCUGACAACUCGCAACUUAACUAAUGACUUCCUUGUGUGACCUUUUACGAAAGUGAGAACUUCAUAAACCUGACACAACCAAGUCGAACCCGUGUCAUGUCACUUUAACAUGUCCGUUAAAGUCUCCUCGUAAUAUUUAUCCGUACGUAGUUACAAUUACAAAGACAGUUCAUCUUCUCACUUACAUUAUAGUGGCUUUAAACACUCGUUCACUCACCAGCCUUUCUGUUUUUCUCUCUCAUGAUGUUAAUAAGUCGAUAUAAGUGCAGCUUGUCGUGUUACAGAGAAACAGGAAAGUAAAAAGCGUCUGUUACAAAGCUCUAACAGUGGAGACUCCUUCCUUGUGGUGCCAUACAAGUCCCUGUGGAUGAUCUGUUACCAUAGAAACGAUAAGGUAUAAUCUAACCAAUCAGAAGCGAGUAACUGAUGUAACGAUGGUAUUGAACGUGUCGUAUGCCAUCAAACCUAUGCAAACAUUAGCUAGCGAUCCUGACAUCGAGCAUCGAGAAAGUUGUCGUAGUAAUAAAGCUGACACUCACUUAUAUCAUUUAUGUCAUGACAAGUUUAUGACGUGGUUAUGUCAGUCUUAUGAUGCAUGCAGCACUGAGCGUGUAUCCUAAAAAAGUGAAGACACUUUAGAGGACAAAUGCUAAUAUGUUACACAUGCAAGCGUACGACGUCAGCGUGAGGAGCCUAGUGAAGUGUUUAUUUUGUGUUUAUUAAUCUGAAACAAAAGUGAUUUUGUGUUAGUUGUGCUUUGCACCCUGCUGCUGGGACACGAGCUCUGAGCUCAGCUGCUUUCUCAAUAAACACCACACUUAGUAUCUUAUCAUCGCUGCUGUUCAGCUAUUACAAAUAAUAGUAAGAAAAUUACUGUCAUGGCUUCGAUUCCCUGAAAGCACUGAAGCACAGAGAGCAAUGUUACAUGAUCGAGUGAGCAUCACAUUCAAAACUCUCUCUCUCUCUCUCUCUCUCUCUCGCGCGCUCUCUCUCUCGCGCUCUCUCUCUCUCGCUCUCUCUCUCGCCCUCUUUCUCUCUCUCUCUCUCGCGCGCUCUCUCUCUCCCUCUUUCUCUCUCUCUCUUUCUCUCUCUCUCUCUCUCUCUCUCUCUCUGUCUCUCUCUCUCUUUCUUUCUCACACUCUCUCUCUCCCUCCUUUUCUCUCUCUCUGUCUCUCUCUCUCUCUUUCUCUCUCUUUCUCCCUUUCUGUCUCUCUCUCUCUCUCUCUCCCUCUCUCGUUAUUUCUCGA